AUGGAAUACCUCGAAAUGGGUGACCUUUUCACGUAUCUGUGUCAAAAACCAUCACUGCCAGAGGCUGAGGCCAAAGAUAACACAUAUCAGAUUCUCGAUGGUCUGAAUAUGAUGCAUGAAAAUGGGUUUGUGCACCGAGACUUAAAACCAAAUAAUGUACUUAUCAAAUCAUGCCCGCCUGCUAAAUGGUGGAUUAAGCUGGCAGACUUUGGUAUAACCAAACGCAUAAAGGAGGGCUCUAAGCCAUCAAUCAACGAGGAAGGUGCCUAUGCCCCUGAUAUUUGGGCUCUUGGGGAGAUUUUAUUCGAGAUGCUCACCAAAAAACCUGCAUUUGCAAAUCAUGGAUUGCUUGCAGGCUAUAAAACCCAGCAGCAGUUCCCGGUCACCAAGCUGAGAGACGCUGGUAUCAGUCAGCAGGGAAUUGACUUUCUGCUCUCACUCAUGUGUCUUCACCCUAAUGAUCGAAUAACGGCUUCGUCUGCUCUAUCAAACGUGUGGAUACAACCACUGAUACCCCAAAAUCCUACGACAGCUGUUCAAGGCGAAUCGGAGAUUCCUUAUCCAAAGACAACAUUGCUGGAAGACUUUGCCUCAUGGACUACAAAACUUUCUUUGGAAACCCCGAAGGCUGUCAUUCAUGACAUGCCUGGUUCAACUACCACACCAGAAGCGGUAAACGGUUCCCAAGGAAAGGCCACUACAGCACAGGGAGAGAAGCCAGCCACUUCCUCGGGGACCACAAACCCACAGUCUAUACUUUACCAAGUUGGGGCCCUUGGGCCCAGCCCUCUUGGGCCCAGCCCUCUUGAGCCCAGCCCUAUCGAGCUCGAAAAAUGGCAUUGGAAAGGCAUCUCACUCAUUAUUUGGGGUCAAAAAACAGAGUCAGAAACUAUGUUCCGACAAACUUUCGAAGGGAGGGAGAAGGUGCUAGGCAAGCAUCAUAGAGACACACUCGAUUCUGUACAUUGGCUUGGUGUCUGCCUCUGUAGCCUGAACCGGUAUAAAGAGGCCGAGACUGUGUUUCGACAAGCUCUCCAGGGGCGAGUAAAAGUGCUGGGCAAGGAUGAUAAAGACACACUCGAUUCUGCACAAUAG